UUUAGUCAUCAUCAUCACUUCAAUUUGAAGAUAUGAGUGAACCCCAAAACCCCUCAAGCCCUCAGAACCCUCCUUCUUCCUCUUCAUCUACUUCCACCAAAGUAUCAAACCAAACAAACCAUGGCCGAGCCAAUAGCAGCUUCUCAGCCCUAAAGGGUCAUUUCCCCAAUCCACCCGACUCCACCAAUCCUGAUCCGGCCACGCUCAGGGAUCAGUGGAGGUUCGCCAUCAGACAAUACAGUAAGUGGUACUCUCACGCUUGGGGCACCGCCAUUCUCGCUGGAGUUUCCUUCUUCGCCCUCGGAUGGGUCAUCAAGGGUUCCAACCCUCUCCCUUCUCUCAGCCAUCAAGAUUCCUCUCACCCUCCUCCUGCUCCGUCCGAUGAAGUUAAACAAUGAAGUUUUUCCCUUGCUGGGACAUUCUAGGCCUGAAAUCUCAAUUGCUUUUGAUCACAAUGUGUGAAUGUUACAGGUUUAUGUUCUUCUAUAGAGAAUGACCAUGCUUCUAUCUAGAGCUGAGUACGUUCGAAAAUGUUAUGACGUGAUCUCUUGUAAUAAAUUUUGAACUCGAAAAAGCCAUGAGAAAGAUUGCUGAUAUUUGAGACUAGAGAGUAUACGUAUUUCUGAUCCAUUAUAUGAAUUGAAAUACAAGAUUGUUAAUGUAUGUUAACUUCCCUAACCUGUUGAUCUAUUGGUGGGUGGGGGAAAGCUGAUACUAAUCUUUUAGGAUGAUUUUUUUUGCUCUGAACUGUUUUUACAUCAGGAUUUGUUUUCCC